CGCCCGGUUUCGGUGUCGGUCUUGUGGGCGCUGGUGCCGAAAGGACGGUCCACCUUUGGCUUCUCAGGGGUGAGGAGGCACCCACUACAGUGGGCGGGUUCGUAGGGCGGACUCCGGUUUUCCCUCCCCUGCCUUGCCUAGUUGCCUUGCGUUGGAGAGAGAGAGGGGGGGGAGAUUUUUUCCAAAUCCAUGCACGAUGGCCCCCGGUUUUGCUUCUCUCCCCCUUCUCCUUCUUCUUCCUCCCUUUUAUUUAUAUCUCAUCUCACCUCGUAGUCUCGGGCGUUUCAUCGACUGCCCCACACUUCCUUCUCCUAUUCGACCGGGGAUUGGAAAUCAGACGCCCAAAUCAGAUCCCAAAGCGUAUUCCACAAUCGAUCGCUUCUGUAUCCACCAUUUCUUUCGUCCCAGGAGAUUUUUUGUAUUCCAAUUCGAGUCGCAUCAUAAUCUGCUGCUGAAAUAAGAUCUCGGAUUCCCGGAAUUGGACUGGAUCGGAUUUUGUUCGUUCCGGAGAUGAAGGUCGAGGAGAAGAUGAGAGGAGUAGGAGGAGGACAGGCAGCGAACGGGAGGAGUAGGAGGAGGAGGAGGAGGAGGAAUGGAGAGGAUGAGGCGGAGGAGGAGAUGAUGAGGAAGAGGACGACGCGGCGGGUGCAGGCUUCCUCCACCACCAUCCAGAGGCUGUUCGUCGCAUGCCGGACGGCCUUCAAAGGCCCGGGCACCGUCCCCCACCCAGAUGACGUCCAUGUCCUGCGCCUUCUCCUUGGUGCAAUAACUUUUCGAUGUGUAUAUUCUUCUUGCCCCCAACAGCAGUAAUUCCUCUUCACAACCAUCCAGGGAUGACUGUUUUUAGCAAACUACUUGUGGGGUCAAUGCACAUAAAAUCGUAUGACUGGGUUGAUCCAGUUAUAAUAUCAACUGACUCCAAGCCCUCAUCUCAGCUGAGACUGGCAAAAUUGGUGGUUGAUUCCGAAUUCACUGCCCCAUGUAAUACAUGUAUUCUCUAUCCAACUUCUGGAGGGAACAUGCACACAUUCAGAGCCAUGACACCAUGUGCGGUGCUUGAUGUCCUAGGACCCCCUUACUCGAAAGAAGAUGACCGUGACUGCACAUAUUACCAUGAUCAUCCUUACUCCAGCUUUUCAGAUUAUGAUUCUGCCCAACAAGGAAAGUAUGAUCAUCUCAGAUGGUUGGAAGAGAUCGACAUUCCCAAGAACUUGAAAAUGGAUGGUGUGGAAUAUCUUGGCCCGCAGAUACUUGAUGAUUGACAGCAGUAUGGUUCGUUUUAGAUCGGCACCACAUGUCAGCGGAGUUAUCUUUCUUCGUUUUUUUUGCUUUUGUUUCUUCUUUUGUUUGUUGAAGAUAUUGGUGCAGCAUGAACAUGUGGAUUGUUUUCGUGCUAAUAUCAAUACUAAUUUUUUUU